CUAGUGGAGUACGGUCUACGGUGCAAAGCAAAAGGCAAAUCUCGCCGCGACUCACUCGCACAUCUCAACUUUUUUUCUGAAUCAGAACGCACAGCUCAACUUCAAAGCCAAAGCCAAAGCCAGAGAUCCGAAAAGCGAAGAAGCAAACAAGUGAACAACCACUCGCAAACAGCUAGUGCGGCAGGCAACGAACGGCGCGGAUGGAAGAACUCGCACCGGGCAGCUCGUCCUCGGCCUACGGCGGCAAGGCGACCGACGCGUACCGGAAGGCGCUGAGCACGGCAGCGUCAGCGGCGGCGUACGCGGUGCUGGCCCGGAGCAUGGCGCGGGAGCUCCUCCCGGACGAGGUGCGCGCCGCGGCGGCCUGGGGCGCGUCCGUGGUCCGCGCGCGGUUCGGCUGGGGCGGCAAGGAGCGGCGCACGCUCGUCGUCCGGAGCCAGAGCACCAGGCCCGGCGGCAGCGGCAGCGAGGAGAAUCUCUUCCUGGACGCCGCGCGGACGUACCUCUCCUCCAGGCUCGACCUGCGCGCCAUGCGCCGCCUCGGGAUCACGCUCUGCAAGGCGGCCCUGGACGAUGGCCCGCGCAGCUGGAGGAGGCGCCUGUUCAUCGAGCCCGGGGACUCCACCGUCGACGUGUUCCACGGCGUCGAGUUCACGUGGACGUCCGUCGACACCAACAAGGGCCGCGAAGGAGGACAGAAGAAGGUUGUCCAGGACGGGGACCGCGAGCUCGUGCUGCACCUCAGCUUCGACGCGGAGCACACGGACAUGGCCAUGGAGAGGUACGUGCCCUUCGUGAUGGCGUCGGCCGAGGAGACGAGGCAGCGGGAGCGGUCGCUCCAGAUCUGCAUGAACGAGGGGGGCUCCUGGUACAGGCUGCAGCAUCACCACCCGGCCACGUUCGACACGCUCGCUAUGGACCCGGCGCUCAAGCGGUCCAUCGUCGCCGACCUCGACCUCUUCGCCGACAGGAGGGACCACUACCGGCGGAUCGGCAAGGCGUGGAAGCGCGGGUACCUGCUCUACGGCCCGCCCGGCACCGGCAAGUCCAGCCUCGUGGCCGCCAUGGCCAACCACCUCCGGUACAACCUCUACGACCUCGACCUCUCCAGCGCGCGCAACUCCACGCUGCUGUGGCUGCUCGUCAGCAUGUCUGACAGGUCCAUCCUCGUCAUCGAGGACAUCGAUUGCUGCUUCGACGCCAAGUCUUCCAGGGACUCUGCUAAGAAGAUGCCGGUGCCGGCCGACGCCGGUGAUUCCGACGACGACGACGCCGCCCCGCCGGGCAAAUCCUCCUCCUCCUGCCUCCCGGGACCAAAGCAGCAACAGCAGGACGUAACGCUGUCCGGGCUUCUCAACUUCAUCGACGGGCUGUGGUCGACCAGCGGCCAGGAGCGGAUCAUCGUCUUCACCACCAACUACAAGGACCGCCUCGACCCGGCGCUGCUGCGGCCGGGGCGCAUGGACAUGCACGUCUACAUGGGAUUCUGCUGCUGGGAGGCGUUCAAGACGUUGGCCCGGAACUACUUCGCCGUCGACGACCAUCCUCUGUUCACGGAGAUACAACAACUGCUCGCGGCGGUGGAGGUGACGCCGGCCGAGGUGUCCGAGAUGCUGCUGAGGAGCAAUGACCCCGAUGUCGCGUUCCGGGGUCUCGGGGAGUUCCUCAAAGAGAAGAAGCAACAGAGAGAGAUCUGUGAAAUCCAGGCAUGAACGUUCAUCAAGAGAAGUACUAAUUAAGAUCCAGGGAAGGCAUGAAGGCUGAAGGGGGAUAACUCAAUCAUAGCUCACUUCAAGAACUAGCUAGUAGCUACCAUGGGAAUCGGAUGAACAUGAACCACUGCUGUUUUGUUUUGCAAAUGUCUUGCAUUGUUGUAACGCUGAAUCGUAGUUGAGGUCCUGCGGAUGCUCCCCUGAUCGUUUUCUGGACGCGUUGUUAUGAAGGCACUGUUUAUUUUGGGAAUGUCGUCGUUAUUUCUAGUACUGAUGCUUCGCUUGAUAGA